AUGGCGUGGGAAUUGAGAGUUGAAGCUCAAGACCUCUUAAAGCCAAGACUUGAAAUUAUCAUGCAUCGGUGCAACUACAUACGAGAUACGCAUACGCUUCGAGUUGGCUUUCACGACACUUAG